AGUAUAAAUGUGUCCGACGAAAAAUUAUUUUGUCUAGUAUAAUGCAAAAUACUUUGAUUCAUUUAAAAAAUUUAAUUUUUAUAGUCCUCAUGAUACCAAUUAAUCGCUGCGAUCAAAAUAUCACAAAUUCAUUUAUCGUAGAAUAUUUUUUAUAUCGUGCUCCGUCAAUGAUAGUUGGAUUUACCUGUAACCAAUAUGAAAGUGAUUUUGGGCUAAUAAAACAAUUUAGUAGAGCGAAAUUAAAAUCUAUGUUUUGGAAAUUAGAACAGGAUGUUGAACUUGCUUCAUUAACUAAAACAAUUUACCAUAAAAUUGGAGUCUUCGUUGAUUCUCGGUGUCAAUCAUCUGAAAAUGUCAAAUUGAUUUUCGACGAAGCUACAAAUCAUCAAAUGUUCAGUGAAUUGUAUUAUUGGCUGUUUUUGGGAUCAGAUUUAAACGAAAGUUUGUCUUUAAUUAAUGAUAAUUCAUUUGGUUUGUCUACUGAUUUUGUUCUAGCUAUAUUCGAAGAUAAUAAGUCAACUUUGUAUGACAUUUAUAACCCGUGUAAACAAAAAGGAGGAAAAUUAAAAUUGAAGCAAUUUGGAAACUGGGAUAAAAGUCAUGGAUUAAAUAUAAAAUUUGAAUUAAAUAAAGUACAAAGGUGGAAUUUGGAUGGAAUAAAACUUAAAAUGAGUGGAACCAUAAAAAAUAGACCACCCAACAUGCCAGCAUCUAAUUAUAUGUACGAUUUAAAUUUUAAACAAUUCGAUCGAAUGACAAGGCUAGGGUAUAUAAUGUGGAUGCAUUUAGCUGAUAAAUUUAAUUUUACAAUCGAAUUUUAUGAAAAUACCAUUGGGAAUGAUGAUGAUUCAGAUGGUUCGGUUAUGAACACAUUGUUUAAAGGUAAUAUAGAUGCCACUGGCACAGCAGAUAGAAUGAGUGUAGAGAGAAUUGGUCGCGUAAGAGCAGUUUAUGCUGUUUUUCCGUUUCGAACCUGUUUCAUCUUCAGGAGUACUUCAUCCGAUUUGUUGAGCAUCAGAGAUAUUUUUUUACCUUUUUCGUCGACAGUUUGGUAUUUAACUCUUGGAAUUAUUAUCCUAUCAAUCAAUGCCUUGGCUUUUUUAUCAAUUUUCUCUAAUCGAAACUUUUAUGAAAAUUAUUUGCAAUCAAUCAUAAUUCAUGUUGGUGCUUUUUGCCAACAAGGAACCGAGUUUUCGUCGAAUAGUUUAUCUGGAAGGAUUGCUAUUCUUCAUAUUUUAUUGUUCAACUUGCUACUAUAUAAUUAUUACUUAGCAAGUGCUGUUUCAAAUCGCUUAAGCGAGCCAUUAGUCAUGAUAAAUGAUUCUUUACAUUCCUUGAAAAAAAAAAAUUUUCAAUACGCUUCCCAACCAAUACCGCAUUUUGACAACUUUAUACAAAGUGAUGAUUGGGAAACUAAGUCAUUUUACUCGAGUCGCUGGUCACACAUUCCAAUUUCACAAAGAUUUAUGCCUCCCGAUGAAGGAAUGGCAAUGGUUUUAAAAGGAGGGUUUGCAUAUCAUACAGAACCAGAAAUAAGUUAUCCUUAUGUAAAUCGUCAUUUUGACGACAGAAAAAUAUGUGAACUACAAGAGGUGCAUUUGGUUCGCCCCAUACAAUAUGCUUUAUUCGUGCACAUAAACAGUUCCUUCUUAGAAAUGUUCAAAGCAGGGUUUUUGCGAUUAACAGAGGUAGGGAUCAGGUAUAAACAAUUUCAACAAUGGUCAGCUGAUAAACCAAAAUGUAGGUCAGAUAUUUUAACCGCAGACAGUAUUACAAUAAAAGAAGUAGCACCAGCAAUAAUAUUUUUAUUCAUUAGUACCAUUAUUUCUGCAAGCAUUCUCAUAUUAGAAUUUAUGUUUUCUUUUUAUAAUGCAAGGUAA